AUGUACCUGGUCACUUUGCUGGGGAACCUGCUCAUCAUCCUGGCCACAAUCUCAGACUCCCACCUCCACACCCCCAUGUACUUCUUCCUCUCCAACCUGUCCUUUGCAGACAUCUGUUUCAUCUCCACUACAGUCCCAAAGAUGCUCGUAAACAUCCAGUCACAGAGCAGAGUCAUCACCUAUGCAGUCUGCAUCACCCAGAUGUGCUUUUUUGUACUCUUUGAAGCGUUGAACAGCUUACUCCUGAUUGUGAUGGCGUAUGACCGGUUUGUGGCCAUCUGUCACCCCCUGCACUACACAGUCAUCAUGAGCCCCUGGCUCUGUGGACUGCUGGUUCUGGCGUCCUGGAUUAUCAUUGUCUCCUUAUUUUAUGGUACAAGCCUAGGGGUGUACUUUAGUUCUGCUCCUACCCAAAACUCUCACUCAAGUGCUGCAGCCUCGGUGAUGUACACUGUGGUCACCCCCAUGCUGAACCCCUUCAUCUACAGUCUGAGGAAUAAAGACAUAAAGAGGGCUCUGAAUCGAUUCAUCAGGGUAAUGCCAUUCUUCAGGAAGUGCCUGUGA